AUGUACCAGUUUACGUUUAGGAGUUCUGGAUUUGGGUCGCGGCCACAGCACGCAGCGGCCACAUGUCUGUCCCUGUUGGUUUACGCGAUUGCAGAUGGAGCCCAAAGGCAACUACACGAGCAUCCAAACCAACAAUACCUCCCACGAGCAACAUUGAGACAGAGCAUGACAACAGCCGCUCUCCGUAUCAUGAACCCUUACGCUUCUGUGGAAUCUGGAGCACUGGGCGGUGCUUCUCGAAGUGGAAGCCCUGGUGCUCCUCCCUCGCCCAGUGGCAGAUCCUUUGCAGGUCAGCAAAAAUCUUUGCUGGGCAGCAAUGGCAACAAGCGCAGUUCCCUUGACCCGCCAGAUAGCGACGAUGAAGAAAGAAUGAACAAGAGGGCAAGGAGUCAAGAUCCAGAAUCCAUCGCGGCUGCAGAAUCAAUGAUCAUGGCGGCCACACAAGGACAUCAUCGGAUUCUGCCCGCUCAACCGAUGCCAUCUCAGGGCCGCACUUCCGUGCUUGAUCCUUACCCGCCGUUUUCUAGCGCUUCGGAUGUGGCAUUCAACCGCUUUCUGGCGAUGGAACAGUCGUCUUUGACUGGGAUGUACGGAAGAGCCCCCAUGGCAGCGGCCCCAUUCUAUGGCUCGCCAUUCCUCGGGGGACCACUUCCCAUGGACUUCAUGGGGAGGCCUCCUCCGCCUUCUUCCGCGGCCGCGGCGCUUCGCAGACGCGCUGACUACCUCGAAAGCCUCGCCUAUGCUCCCUCAGCACCCUUUGGCCUCGGGGCUGCUGGUGCCAUGCCGUCACUGGCCACAUCCUUCAAUCCCAUGAUGCACUGUCCAAUGCCGUCUCCGGCCACAUCCUUCAAUCCCAUGAUGAACUGCCCCCCACGAGCACUCCCUCUCCCCGAACGCCAAUCGCCCGAAAUGUUGCCCCGAAGGCACAGCCAUGAACCCGCUUCCGCCGGCGACAAGGCCAAGCUUCCUCCAUCUUCUCCCUCCAAGCCCCAACUCACGCUUGGCAAUGGGGCAACAGAAGAUCAGGAACAGCCUCUGUUCGGUACCGGUAACCGCGUUUGCAUCGAUCUUUCCAUUGAUCAGGAUCCAAACUGGUUGUCAGAGCUCCAAUGCUUUGUCCGAAAGAACUUGUUGGAAGUUUGCUGGGCCAACCGAGAAGAUGUGGCUGUCCGCAACGCCAGCAAAAAAGUUUCUUUGGAGCAAGUGGGGAUCCGAUGCCGAUUCUGUGCACACAAGCCUCCUGGCUCUCGUGCCCAGCGUUCCUCGGCCUUUCCGUCCUCCAUCCCCCAGCUCUACCAGAGCUUCACAAUGAUGCUUCGCGAUCAUUUUGACACGUGUGCUUGUAUCCCCGACGAUGUCAAGCGGCGCUACUUGUGUCUCAAGAGCUCUACAUGCCAGGGUGCCACCGAAGCCAAGAAGUAUUGGAGCUAUUCGGCAGCCAAACUUGGAAUGGUCGACUCGGAAGAUGGCAUGCUCAUGAACGAUAAUACCCGUGCGGCUGCCAAGGUCAUUCCCCCGUUUGGCGCUGUUGCCGGAGAAGUGCCGGUUCCGCUCGGUGACGAUGGCAAACCCGUGGCACUGGUCCAGCCUGCGGACCGCGAGUAUGCCUCGGCCUUUCUCUUCAACGUCAUGUCGCAUUUUCAGCGCAUUGAGUUGUUGCCCUCCGAGCGGAAAGGCAACCGCAAGAGUUUGCGAUGUGGUCUGCCUGGUUUUGGCUGUAUUCACUGCUCGCAGGCUGGUCGAUUUGGCAUGAGCCGAGUCUUUCCGGCCCGACGAAGGACGCUCCCAGUCCGCGUUGCGGACCUGUACGAUCACCUGUGUCGUUGCAACCUUUGCCCUCCCGAAGCCAAGAAAGUGCUGCGACAACUGCGAGAAGAAGAGAAACAACAGACAUCACACGAGAAGCAGUUUCUGGAUCGCGUUUGGGAACGAAUGGGCCACUCGCAAGCAAAUCCUAACUGAGGAACAGGUGGGGUGAUUGGUGGGUGCCCGGUUGGAAGUGAAGGCUGUCGAUAUUGUUACUUCGUAUUGCGUGCAUAUUGCAUUCAUUAUUCCAUUAAUAAAAGAUAAGGUAUUGGUCAUCGACUUC